AUGGCCCCCCCUGCCAAGCCGACGGCCGGCUUCGUGGCGAUGCGAGAUUUGAAGACGCCCAGCGAUGUAGCGCGCGCGAUCCGUGGCAUCGGGCCCGGCGUGCAGGCGCGCCACGUGACGGCAGCGUUCCGCCGGCUGGCCCAGAUGAGCCGCGACGAGGGGAGGAAGGCGAUGAGAUCUGUGGCGGAGGCGGGGCUCAGGACGGUUGGGUCGGCGGGCGGGGACGACGUGGCGGGAGUUUUGGAGGCAUGCGCGAGGAUGGGAUUCAGACACGGCCUGCUGGGGCGAUUGGCGCGGAGGGCAGUGGAGAAACGGAUGGCGGCGGAGAUGGGAAGCGACCGGCUGACGGCGCUGAUCACGGCGGUGUGCGUGCUCACGCGGAGGGGGAAGGACGGGAUUGGUGGCAGAGAGAAUGGGAAACGGCGAAAGAGGGCAGAGUGGGCAGGAAAGCCUGAGCAGGUGGAUGAGAAAGGGAAAGGGAGAGGGGGCGGGGAGAGGGAGAAGGAUGGAGAAAUUGGUACACGGCGUGAUUCUGGGGUGGAUCCGUUACAGGGAGUGCAGGGGCUGGAUCAGGUGAGUGAGAGUUGUGGGAUUGUGGCUGGGGGAGAACUGGGGGAAUUAGAUGGUGAAGGCAUGGGGCAUGGAGAGGGGUCGAUGCUGGGAAUGCUCCUGAAGGUGGCCUGCGAUGAGCUGCUGCUGUUCAGGGAGAGGGACAAGUGCAUCGAGGCCAACCUGCCCAGGCUGCUGUCCUUCAUGGCAGCGUCUGGCCACAAGGACCAGAGACUGGUGGACGGGGUGGUAGCGAUGGUGUCGUGCCCCAACAGGGCUGCGCACUUGGAGGACGGCCAGCUCACGAACGCCCUGUGUGGCCUGGAGAAGCUGGGGUUCAAGGACGAGGCAGUGCUGGAUGUGUUGUGUGCGGAGGUGACGGACGCAGAGAGGAUGGGAGCGUUCCACAAGGCACAGCUGUUUGCGGUGGUGGUGUCUUUGUCGAGACUGGCCUCAAAGCUGGGCAGCAUGAGGAAGUUCUGUCUGGCGGCUCUGAAGGAGGCGUCUGAGCCAGGGCGGCUGGCAAGCUACACUGGGGUUGACUUCAUUGUUGUCUUGGGGAUUGCAGCCCAGCAUGGGCUCAGCGAUGUGGGAGGCAUGCUGUUCCAAGAGUUCUGCAGAAGACAGGACGUGAUUGUAUUCUCUGAUCAACAAAAGUCGUUGGCAUUGAAGGCGAUCACUAGGCUUGCAUCACAAGAACCUCAACUUGUAAGCAAGAUGGUUGAUUCAUUGCUUGAAAAGAAGGGAGAGGAAAAUCUUUCAGACAGCGCUCUCGUGUCAGUUUUGUGCAUUUGGACCACUCAACAGUGCCAGCACCUACCCCAGCACAGGGAUGCUAUCCGUGCACUGUGCAAGAAGGUGUGCACACCAUCCAGGCUGUCCAGGCUGUCGACAGGAGACCUUGCAAGAGUUAUCCAUGUCUUGUACCGCUGUCAGAAGCUGGAUGAUCCUCUAGCUGCUACCACUGAACUGCAGCCUGUGGUGCAAGAGGCAGCCCAGCGUGCCAGAUUGAUCAGCUUGAAUGCUGUGGAUCUCUCUGCCCUGAUGUCAAGCUUGGGUCUGGCCAGGAUAUCUGCAGUUGAGCCAGCCGUGAAAUUAGUGCUGCAUGAGGUGUGCACUCCCAGCCGCCUGAGGAAGUUCGAACGACGGCAGCUUAUGAAUGUGGUGCACAACUUUGGAAGUUUGCCACACACCAGAGACUUUACAAGUUUUGACAAGUUAUCUCUGUCCUACUUGGAAUCUGAGCUGCUGCGCCCUCACAGGCUACACAGCUUCUCUCAAGGUGAUGUUGCCGUGGUCCUACAUGGCUUGGCAAGAAUCGGACAGCCAUCAAGGCGGGCUGUGAGUGCCUUUUGUGCAAAAUUGCUUGAAGGUGACCGAACAUCGGAACUACGGCAAUCAGAAGUGUUGCACAUUUUCACAGCACUGCGAAUGUUGAAUGUGAGGGAUGAGGGUCUUGCAGAGGUCCUUAUUGAUGUUGUACUCUCUGACCAGGGGCUUCGCAGCUUUACUGAGCAUGGGUUGACUGGCAUAUUGUACUCCCUUGCUCACAUGGGAUAUGAUGAUGAGCGUGUUUGGAAUGAGAUUGUGGGUGAGCUGACUAGGGUCCCACGGCUGCAGAAGCUGGGGCCACAUGGAUUUUCUGACAUCUUCAAGAGCAUGCGUCUUGUUGGCUUCAGGGAUGCUGCAUCUGUUGACCUCCUAGUUGGAGAGAUGUCCAAGCCAAAUAGGUUGCAGGACUUUGACCCAGAGCACCUCUUCUGGAUCACUCAAGAUCUCAAACGAUUGGUUGGAGGCAGUGAUGCAGCCAUUAUGGCACUCCAAGCUUGUAUGCAGCAAAAAUGA